AUGGGGGGCUGCAAGGCAUUGACAUUGGAGAAGCCGAAGCUAAAGCAGAAGAAGGGGUUGUGGUCGCCGGAAGAAGACCAGCGGCUGCGCAAUUAUAUCCUCCGCCACGGCCACGGCUGCUGGAGCUCUGUUCCCAUCAACGCCGGGUUGCAGAGGAAUGGGAAAAGCUGCAGAUUAAGGUGGAUUAAUUAUCUACGGCCAGGAUUAAAGCGAGGGAUGUUCACUGCUGAAGAGGAGGAAACCAUCCUGAACCUCCAUCGUCUGUUGGGCAACAAGUGGUCACAGAUAGCCCAGCAGUUGCCUGGAAGAACUGACAAUGAGAUAAAGAAUCACUGGCAUUCUUACUUGAAGAAAAAAGUGGCAAAACUUGAAGAAAAGGAAGCUAAUUCCAAUACCCAAUUCGACCAUUCAAACCCGAAUAGUGUAAGUUCUUCUGUACUACACUGCCCUGGAAACCCCACACCCGGAAUCCCAAGUUUCGAAUCAUUUGCGCCCAUGGAAAGAUCGUCCAUCGAUACCGAUCAGUCUGUCCCACAGAUGUUUGGAUCUCCCAAAGAAGCUAGCCAGAGCUCUAUGCCGAAGAUUUUGUUCGCAGAGUGGCUUCUGCCGGAGAGUGUCCAAAGCUGGACCUUGGCAAGUUCAAGUGAGGCAGGGGUUUGUGAGGAUGCCUUUGAUCAUAAUUUGGGGUUCCUUGAUGGUUUUAUGCAUAGUUUUAUGGCUGCCAAUAAGCAGGGGUCUUUUGGCAGUGAGUUUCAACAAGGGCUAAGCAAUGCCUCCACCACUCAUGAUGAGACAUUUCGUUCCCAAUUGAUCAAGCUGGAGGAUCAGAUUCCUGAAAAUGGGUUUGCUGAUUUUUUCUCUGGGGACGAAAUAUGCAGCCAAUUCAACGUGAACUGUGAUGUAAAUCAUAGAAAAGAGCUAUUAGAGAUCAUUGGAGUUCAAUUAGUAGUUGUUCUUCCGUUGAUUGCUUCACUAUAG